GACGCAGGAACAGCUGCCUGUAGCAUUGACUGUAAGAUCCUGUUCGAUCAUCUUGCACUCAAAUCAGCAUGUCAGGUAUUUAUGCCCAUGCAAGCCAAACAGAGGCGCGUUUCCUUGUUAUGAUGCCACACUUAAUGAACUUAAAACGGAAUGCAUAACCAAAGCUGUUGCAGCACAGAGCUUAGAUAAAGCACAAAGUCACAUGACUGCAGCACUGUCUUGCGCUCGCAAAGGCUGUGCUGUCCUCUUCCUCAUCGACAAAUCAGUCGCUGGCUUAAUGUAAACACCUUGCGUUGCUUUGUUCCAAAAUCACCGGCUCAAGUCAAAAAACAGCCAUGCCAUGGAUACUCUAUGGCAAUAUCAGUUCAGGAUCAUUCUACUGGGGGACUCAACGGUAGGAAAAUCGUCUUUGUUGAAACGCUUCACUGAUGGAAUAUACAGCGAUGUGGCGGACCCGACGGUCGGCGUAGAUUUUUACGCCCGUGCACUAGAAAUCGAACCUGGGGUCAAAAUCAAGCUACAGCUCUGGGAUACUGCUGGCCAAGAACGUUUUAGGUCGAUCACCACCUCUUACUACCGAAACUCUGUGGGAGGCCUCCUGGUGUUCGACCUGACCAAUCGCAAGACCUUUGAGCACGUGCGGGAGUGGCACCGUGAGGUGAGCGAGCAUAUCCUGCCGCACCACAUGGUCUACAUCCUGAUUGGCCACAAGAGCGACCUGAACAAGGACCGCAAGGUGUCGCGCGACGAGGCCGAGCAGCUGGCCGCCGAGAUGGGCAUCCGCUACGUGGAGACGUCGGCCAAGUGCAACAGCAACGUGGACCGGGCCUUCGAGCUGCUGACGCGCGACAUCUACGAGCUGAUGAAGAUGGGCGAGAUCUCCACGCGUGACGGCUGGGACGGCGUGAAAAGUGGCCUCACCGCCAAGGUGCUCUACCCGGCCGAUGAGGACGACCUGGCGCAGGAGAGGGAGAAGAGCUGCAACUGCUGACUCGGUUGUUUUUGUUUGUUUGUUUGUUUGUUUGUUUGGGGGUUGUUGCCCCUGCGUCGCACACAAUUUUUAUUUCUCUCUCUCUCUCUUUCUCUCGUGUGUCCACGUCACUGCCCUGUUCAAUGCUGUCAGUGCCACACAUUCCCCCGCAAACACACACACACACAAACACACACACACACACAUACACACACACACACACACACACACACACACACACAUAUACAGUGAUGCCAUGCGUACGUCAGAGCCUGGGCUGUCUGGCAUCUGCAGGUCCUUGUCUUGUGACAUCAUCUUCGCUCACCCUGCACCUGAUUUCCUGUGUGUCGGUAUCCUGAGGAGUAGAGGUCUGUUAGAGAACGGGAGACACACACACACACACGUGUGUGUUUAGCCUCAUGUGAUUGGGCUGUGAGAUCUGUGCACUAUUGCUUGGCUAGAUCUGAACAUGUCUGGAACAGACUCCUGUGCAGAAGGAAGAGACAGGGCCUGAGGACCAGUUGUGAAUCCUGACUACCCUCUCAUCCCUUUAGCUUAUUGAAUUGGUCAAUGUAAACUGGCACCAGACUUGUGGACGAUUUGCAAAUCAUGGUCUGGCUAGUCUCCUGUUGUCAUUUUUCAAGACCAUUGCUCCUGUCUUUGUCUGUCGUUGUGAUACUGCAGUCAACACAGUGAUGGUCACGCAAUCAUUUUUCAAGGCGGCUGUGCUAUGAUGAAUGAUUGACUCGAGUGCCAACUGGCAUAACUUAUUAUACUCAAGUCCAUGUUAAAAGAGAACCACUAUUUUACCAAACAAUGCAGAGCUUUAAAAUAUUCAUAUUGCGCAGAUGACGCUCUUCC